ACCUAACGGAGUUGGGGUUCAGCUUAGGGCGGUGGGGACCCGUCCCGGGAGAGGAGGCAGCUCUCUGGUUCCGCUCCGGGCCGGCUGCACAGGGGACCGGACGUGGCGUGAGUCGGGAGCUGGGAGGAGAGAAGGCUCAGUUCGUAGCGGAGGGGCACGUCUGGCCUGCCGGGACCUGGACGAGCCGGCCGUCGCGGUUCCGGGAGGCAGCGGGAGAAGUGCCCAGGCUGCUGUCUGCGCCCCAGUGCGUCCCGGCGCGCGGCGCCCCGGAGUCCCGGAGCGAUGAGAGUGCAGGUCAAGUCCCAGAAAUCCUGGAUUGAAGGAGUGUUCCACAAGAGAGAAUGUAACAAAAUCAUAGCCAGCUCAAAAGACCCUCACAGCUGUGCUGCAGGAUGCCAAGUCUGCCAGAAUUUAAUCAGGUGUUACUGCGGGCGACUGAUUAGAGACCAUCAUGGGAUAGAUUAUGCCCGGCCCAUCUCGGCUGCCGAUGGCGGUGAAAAUGAACAGUGGUCUAUUGAGGAGCACACAGUGAAAAGCCCUACGGAUACCUUUGGCACGAUUAAUUUCCAAGAUGGAGAGCACACCCACCACUCCAAGUAUAUUAGAACGUCUUAUGACACAAAUUUGGAUCAUCUAUUACAUUUAAUGUUGCAAGAGUGGAAGAUGGAACUGCCAAAGCUGGUGAUCUCUGUCCACGGGGGCAUCCAGAACUUCAAGAUGCCCUCCAAACUUAAAGAAAUCUUCAGCCAGGGUUUGGUCAAAGCUGCAGAGACAACAGGAGCAUGGAUAAUAACUGAAGGUAUUAAUACCGGUGUGUCCAAACAUGUUGGGGAUGCCCUGGAAGCCCAUUCCUCCCAGUCCUCUAGAAAAAUCUGGACAGUUGGAAUCCCUCCUUGGGGUGUCAUUGAGAACCGGAAAGAUCUUAUUGGAAGAGACGUGGUGUGUCUGUACCAGACUCUGGGCAACCCCCUCAGCAAGCUGACCACGCUCAACUGCAUGCACUCCCACUUCAUCCUGUCCGACGAUGGCACCGUGGGCAAGUACGGCAAUGAGAUGAAGCUCAGGAGGAACCUGGAAAAGUACCUCUCUUUGCAGAAAAUCCACAGCUGCUCAAGACAAGGCGUGCCCGUCGUGGGGCUGGUGGUAGAAGGUGGUCCAAAUGUCAUCCUCUCGGUGUGGGAGACUGUGAAAGACAAAGACCCAGUGGUGGUAUAUGAAGGCACAGGCAGGGCUGCCGACCUCCUGGCCUUCACCCACAAGCAUCUGGCAGAUGAAGGGACCCUGCGUCCUCAGGUGAAGGAGGAGCUCAUCUGCAUGAUUCAGAACACCUUCAACUUUAGUCUUAAACAGUCCAAGCACCUUUUUCAAAUUCUAAUGGCAUGUAUGGUGCACAGGGAUUCUAUUACCAUAUUUGAUGCUGAUUCCGAGGAGUCACAGGACCUUGAUUUAGCUAUCCUAACAGCUCUGCUAAAGGGCACAAAUUUAUCAGCAUCAGAACAAUUAAAUCUGGCAAUGGCUUGGGACAGAAUGGACAUUGCCAAGAAACAUAUCCUCAUUUAUGGACAGCAUUGGAAGCCUGGCUCCCUGGAACAAGCAAUGUUAGAUGCUUUAAUGAUGGAUCGAGUGGAUUUUGUAAAGCUCUUGAUAGAAUAUGGAGUGAACCUCCAUCGCUUUCUUACCAUCCCCAGACUGGAAGAGCUCUAUAAUACAAAACAAGGACCAACUAAUAUGCUCUUGCAUCAUCUUGUCCGAGAUGUAAAACAGCAUACCCUUCUCUCAGUCUACAGAAUAACGCUGAUUGACAUUGGACUGGUAAUAGAAUACCUCAUUGGUGGAGCGUAUCGUAGCAGCUACACUAGAAAAAAUUUCAGAACCCUCUACAACAACCUCUACAACAAAAACAAGCGAGUGAGCACUUUGGCUCAAGCCCUUUCCCAGCCACCCCCUCUUCACCGGAGACACCGCUCAGGAAACAGAAAGGAAUCUGCAGAAAGCACACUGCAUUCUCAGUUCAUUAGAACUGCCCAGCCUUACAAAGUCAAGGAAAACCCCAUAGCCCUUCAUAAAUCAAGGAAGAAGUCAAGAGAAGAACAAAAUGUAUCAGAUGACCCUGAGUCUAUGGGCUUUAUGUAUCCAUACAAUGACCUGCUGGUUUGGGCUGUGCUAAUGAAAAGGCAGAAGAUGGCCAUGUUCUUCUGGCAGCACGGAGAGGAGGCCACGGUCAAGGCAGUGAUUGCUUGUAUCCUCUACCGAGCAAUGGCCCACGAAGCCAAGGAGAGCAACAUGGUGGACGACGCCUCGGAAGAGCUGAAAAACUACUCAAAACAGUUUGGCCAGCUUGCCCUGGACAUGUUGGAGAAGGCAUUCAAACAGAAUGAAAGAAUGGCCAUGAAACUGCUGACCUAUGAACUCAAGAACUGGAGCAAUUCUACCUGUUUGAAACUGGCCGUUUCUGGAGGAUUGAGGCCCUUUGUUUCACAUACUUGUACCCAAAUGCUACUGACGGACAUGUGGAUGGGGCGCCUGAAAAUGAGGAAAAACUCUUGGUUAAAGAUCAUCAUAAGUAUUUUUUUACCACCCGCCAUUUUGACAUUGGGAUUUAAAAGCAAAGCAGAGAUGUCACAUGUUCCCCAGUCCCAGGACUUCCAGUUCACAUGGUAUAAUGAUGAGCAGAACCCCAGUACCACCAAGGAAAGUGCUUCGACGAAUGACUGUGACUUGGAAAGAGGCCCUGAUGAGAAACCAGAUGAACAUCAGCAGUUCAGUUUAAAGAGUGAGCCCCAAAGCCUUCCAUGGUCCAGAAAAGUCUAUGAGUUCUACAAUACUCCAAUUGUCAAGUUCUGGUUUUAUACGAUGGUGUAUUUGGCAUUCCUCAUGCUGUUCACCUACACGGUGUUGGUGGAGAUGCAACCCCAGCCCAGCGUGCAAGAGUGGCUCGUGAUCAUUUACAUCUUCACCAAUGCCAUUGAGAAAGUCAGGGAGGUCUUAAUUUCAGAACCUGGGAAGUUUACCCAAAAGGUGAAGGUAUGGAUUAGUGAGUACUGGAACCUAAUAGAAACUCUGGCUAUUUGCCUGUUUUCAGUGGGUUUUGGCCUUCGGUGGGGUGACCCUCCUUUCUACACAGCGGGAAGACUAAUAUACUGCAUUGACAUCAUAUUCUGGUUCUCACGGCUCCUGGACUUCUUCGCUGUGAAUCAACAUGCAGGUCCCUAUGUGACCAUGAUUGCAAAAAUGACAGCAAACAUGUUCUACAUUGUGAUCAUUAUGGCCAUAGUCCUGCUGAGCUUCGGGGUGGCUCGCAAGGCCAUCCUCUCGCCAAAGGAACCCCCGUCAUGGAGCCUCGCUCGCGAUAUCGUGUUUGAGCCGUACUGGAUGAUAUAUGGAGAAGUCUAUGCGUCGGAGAUCGAUGUUUGUUCAAGCCAGCCGUCCUGCCCUCCUGGCUCUUUUCUUACUCCAUUCCUGCAAGCCGUCUACCUCUUCGUGCAGUAUAUCAUCAUGGUGAACCUGUUGAUUGCUUUCUUCAAUAAUGUUUACAUGGAUAUGGAAUCCAUCUCAAAUAACCUGUGGAAGUACAAUCGCUACCGCUACAUCAUGACCUACCACGAGAAGCCUUGGCUGCCCCCACCGUUUAUCCUGCUGAGUCACGUGGGUCUCCUCCUUCGCCGUCUUUGCCAUCGCCAAGCUCCAAAUGACCAAGAAGAGGGUGAUGUUGGAUUAAAACUCUACCUGAGUACAGAGGAUCUGAAAAAACUUCAUGAUUUUGAAGAACAGUGUGUGGAAAAUUACUUCCACGAGAAGAUGGAAGGUCUGAACUGUAGUUACGAGGAACAAAUCCGAAUGACAACAGAAAGGGUUACAGACAUGUACUUCCAACUGAAAGAAAUGAAUGAAAAAGUGUCUUUUGUAAAGGACUCCUUAGUGUCUUUGGACAGCCAGGUGGGACACCUGCAGGACCUCUCUGCCCUGACAGUGGAUACGUUAAAAGUCCUUUCUGCUGUUGACACCUUACAAGAGGAUGAGGCUCUCCUGGCCAACAGAAAGCACUCUGCUUGGAGAAAACGUCCCCACAGCUGGAGCAAUGUCACCUGUGCAGAGGUUCUAGGCAGCAUGGAGAUCUGCAGAGAGAAGAAACACCAGUGUUACAGCAUGCCCCCUUCUUUGCUGCGGAGCCUGGCCAGAGGCUGGCAUCCCUCACGAGUGCAUAAAGGACCCUUUCUUGAGGUUACAGACAGACAGACUUCAAACGUAAGAGAUGGCCAGGAAGAGCAAGAAGCAGAAAACAGUGUAGUCGCUUCUGGGGUGGCCCCGAACAGGCAAGCACGCCGAAAGUAUGGUCAGUUUCUCCUGGUCCCUUCUUACCUGGAGCAAGUUCCUUAUUCUGCAGAAACAGCCUGGCCUCUGCCCAGACCAUCUGUAGAAGCAGGUACAGAUGUGCCGGCAACUGAACAUGUCACCCAGAGUGAGGUCCCUGUUCAUCUGACGUGGCAGACCCCGGUUGACUCAGCUCAGGGCUCCGUGGUGGAAACCAAGGAGCAGUGUGAGUCACCUGCUCAGAUGCCAGCCAGACGAGACAAAGGGGAGCAAGUUCUACCCACUUUGAUUUGCACACCUGCACCCAUGAAAGUGACCUCCCUUCCUUCCCAAGUCAGGAACAUGCAGACCGGAGGUGGAUAUAUAAACUGGGCAUUUUCAGAAGGUGAUGAACCUGGUGUGUUCAGCCUCAAGAGACAAUGGCAAACCUGCUUGUCCUCCACUUGUAGCAGUGACUCCAAUCAGAGUGAACAAUGCCAGAGUCAGAGCCGGGGCAGUUCCCUGACUGAUAACUCAAUAAGACUGGCCCAGAGGGAUUGCGCAGAGGUGGGAUCAUGUCUCCAGCCAAACACCUCCUUUCGGAUUAAUCUUCUUCGUAGAGACAGGCCCUUCAUUAGAAGUCAGAGUCUGAGACUGCACAAGGAGGAGAAAUUGAAGAACCGUAAGAUUAAAAAUCUUUCAAAAUCCUCAGAGACUGGACAGUCAAAAUGGAUCAAAGCGAAAAUGCUAACCAAGGAUAGGAAAUCAUCAAAGAAAAAGAAGAAAACACACGGGCUCCAGGUGCCAGUCAUAACAGUCAACACCUGCUCUCAAAGUGACCAACUGAACUCAGAGCCAGAAGAUAACAAGAUCUCAGAAGAACAGGAGUGCAGCAAGAACUGGAUUCCCAUGUCCACAUUUAGUCAGAUAAGUCUAGAACCGUGCACAUAUCAGAAGAUGCGAAUCAAAGCUCCAUGGCGUUCUGCACAAGCCAGUGAUUACGUAAGGCGGUCUCAAGGGGAUCUAAGCAAAAACUCUUUGUGGAAUUCCAGGAGCACCAAAAGCAAUAGGAGCUCUCAGUUGAGAAUUUCAAAUGGAGCUGACAAAAUCUCAGCCUCCUUAAAAAGCCCUCAGGAGCCUCACCAUCAUUAUUCAGCCAUUGAAAGGAACAAUUUAAUGAGGCUUUCUCAGAGCAUACCAUUUACACCAGUCCAACUGUUUGGAGAAGAAGUAACCAUCUACAGGCUGGAGGAGAGUUCCCCUUUGAAUCUGGAUAAAAGCAUGUCUUCGUGGUCCCAGCGAGGGAGGUCUGCAAUGAUCCAGGUGUUGUCCCAAGAGGAGAUGGAUGGUGGCCUCCGCAAAGCCCUGAGAGUCAUCAGCACCUGGUCUGAAGAUGAGGUCCUCAAGCCAGGGCAGGUUUUCAUUAUGAAGUCCUUCCUCCCUGAGGUCGUGCAGACAUGGUACAAAAUCUUCCAGGAGAGCACCGUGCUUCAUCUUUGCCUCAGGGAAAUUCAACAACAAAGAGCUGCUCAAAAACUAAUCUAUACCUUCAACCAAGUGAAACCACAGACCAUUCCCUACACGCCGAGGUUCCUGGAAGUUUUCUUAAUCUACUGCCAUUCAGCCAACCAGUGGUUGACCAUUGAGAAGUAUGUGACUGGAGAGUUCCGGAAGUACAACAACAACAACGGGGAUGAGAUUGCCCCCAGGAACACCCUGGAGGAGCUGAUGCUGGCUUUCUCUCACUGGACCUAUGAGUAUACGCGGGGAGAGCUGCUGGUCCUAGAUUUGCAAGGUGUUGGAGAAAAUUUGACAGACCCAUCUGUUAUAAAACCUGAAGACAAACAAUCAAGAGGAAUGGUGUUUGGACCAGCCAAUUUAGGGGAAGAUGCAAUUAGAAACUUCAUUGCAAAACAUCGUUGCAACUCCUGCUGCCGGAAGCUCAAACUCCCGGAUUUAAAAAGAAAUAACUAUUCCCCUGGAAGGAUAAAUUCUGCCCUUGGACUUGAAAUCAAAAUAGAACCAGCUGUGGAGACUCCAGCAGGGGAAGAAGGCAGUGAUUGCCCAGAAGACCUCACACAACUGUGAAAAAGGGAGCUGUAAGAGGGUGACAGCCCUUCCCCUCCCUUCUGUGGACUCUGUGGUAACAUAGAUGGAUUGAGGUGACAUUGAUUAUGUCAGAGCCUUUGCCAGGAUGGCCUUACCCAGAGGGCCUCCUGGGACGCGCCUUCUGAGCCUCAUGUCUCCCCUGCCCGAGGGCCUCACUGGUGUGUGACGCACGGGUUCUCCUAGAUACUGCCCUGCGUGCAGGGGGCUUGGCAUCUGUCUGUCAUCCUCAAGUUGCACAGGAAGACUCUCGGAUGAGUCAGCCACGGGUGCUGCUCCUUCAUACCUCAUUGCAUUAGCUGGUCACUUAGAACCCUUGGAGCAGCAUGCUGGGCACUAAAGAACCAGGCAGAUGAAUUUAAUUUAUUUUCUCACUGUGUGUGCAUCACCUCACCACGUAUUGUGUUUAUGUAUAUAUGUACAUAAAAAAGUUCCUUGAUUUCCUCCUCUCUCCUUUCCAGCAGCAUAGGGCUUUGAAUAGAGGCAGAAAGGAAAACAAUGAGCGAGGGUGUCUUUGCACAGACUGGAGCACCCUCCUGCACAAAGUAACCAGAGAGAAGUUAGCAUCCUGGUGAAAUCUAGAUGGUUUUGAGGUAUUGUCAGUGAAUCAAAUGAUACUUGGGGAUUUCAGUGUUCUCUGAAAGAAAGAAAAGAGAAAUCAAACCAAAUGCCCUUGCAUCCUUUUUUUUUUUUUUUAAAGAAAUGUUUUCCCUUUACUUAAGCUCAGGGACGCUUUUGGUUAGACAGUUGACUCAGCCAGCCUCUAAAGCAUCACCCCCUUUUUCAAAGCUUUGUAUAUAAUAUUGCAAGCGAAAUUACUUUAUGUCAGGUCUCAGAGGAAAGAUGGGGUUUCUGAAUGAAAACAGGCUUCAUUGCCGUGCAGAGCUCUGGUGGCUUCAAGAGGACUGGAAUGUGUAUUUUAAGUCUGACCUGAGAACAUAUAAUGAAUUUCAGAGGCCUGAAGGGAGGGUCCCAGAAGCCACGCUGUACAGCAUGUCUGGAGGACCAGUUGUCCCUCUUUUGUACUUGCCGGGGGUGCCCUACCUCAGAACAAGCAUGAGCUUUUCACACAGGGAGGGGUCGGAGAGCUGGGGGAAGCUUCUCCCCUCUCCCCCUGCACCUCCUUCCCUCGUUACGAAGUGUUCCAACCCACCAGCAGCAAAUCUCCUGGGGCUGAAAUUUUCAACUUAGCCCUUACAUUAGCUGGCUUGUUUUCUAAAUCCACACUCCUGCAUUGUUAGGUUGCACUUAGGGGACGUGUAGUAGCCCAGGGAUAGCAGGAUGGAAAGCCAAGGAUUUGGUUUGCCAAAGAUCGUGUCUGAUUCUUGUGAGCUGCACAAGGGCUGAGUAUGGCCAUUAGAACUUUUGGGGGUGGUGGGAGGUGGGAAAUUUGCAUGACUUCUUGACUGGCAAUGAGGAUAAAAUGUUAAGGCUUUUUUUCAGGGUUUAAUUGCUUUAUCCUAUUCUGCAAAUCAGUAAGGGAUCUUUUGGUACUCACUUUAGAGCCAUGCCCAACUACGGAAAGAGGCAAUUUGCCUACCCAGGGCCAAACGAAAAGCAUUAAUUCACUGGCCAAGUAUUUCUUACCUGGAAUGGAACUUGAAAAAAAUACAUUUUGAUUUUAA